ACAGUAAGCAGCUUCUAAGAGAUCCUGAUCUAAUUUGUGUUCUGCUCUAACUACUUCCACAGUGCUCUGAACACGCAGCUUGUUCCGUUCAAAGCCACCAGCUGCAUAGGUAUUAGUAGCAAUUCCAGUCAGGAACUUAGCUCACAGUCGUUUCGCAGCAGUUGCUUCGAUCGGUUUAGAGUUAAUAAAGUCGCACAUCAUUGUUGUUGCUAAACUGGCAGUAAAAAGUGCGCGGUGCUGAGAAUCCGACCUGUGGACGUACUUAGUGAUGAAACAGUGAUAGCUCGAAGAAUAGCAGCAAAACACAGUCAGUGAUCACAAUGUUUAUGCUGUUGGCGGUGGUUUUGCUGGCCGUUGGCUUGGCUGUUUUGAUCUACCAGAAAUUUGCCGAUCAACUGUACUACGCUGGGAAGAUCGGCGGACCGAAGGGUUAUCCGCUGAUCGGAAAUGCGUUACGAUUCGUCAACAAGUCUCCACCCGAAUUCUUCCUCGCCAUCGAACGAACCGUGCAUGAAGCUGGGAAAUGUUUCCGUCUGUGGUUGGGCCCGGAACUGCUGAUCGUCGUAACGGACGCAAAGGUCGCCGAGGGCAUCCUGAGCAGUCCCAAGUUCAUUGACAAGUCUGACGAAUACAAUUUCAUCCGUCCAUGGCUGGGAAACGGACUGCUAACGAGCAGCAAUCGAAAAUGGCACUCCCAUCGAAAGAUCAUUACUCCUACGUUCCAUUUUAAAAUUUUGGAACAAUUUGUAGAAAUCUUCGAUAGCCAGAGCAACAUCCUCAUUGAUCAGUUGCUACCGAAGGUGAAAAGUGGGGAGACUUUCGAUAUCUUUCCCCUGAUCACGCUGUGCGCUUUGGAUGUGAUUUGUGAGUCUGCUAUGGGAACAAAGGUGAAUGCACAAAUCCACGCCGAUUCGGAAUACGUUCAAGCCGUUAAGGAAAUCACAACGAUCAUCCACAUUCGAACGUACGACUUGCUCGCGCGUUACGAUUUCCUGUUUAAUCUUUUAUCGUUCCGAAAGAGGCAAGACAAGGCGUUGGAAAUCCUGCACGGCUACACCAACAGUGUCAUCCAAUCCAGAAGGCGUGAGCUUGCCGAAACCAAUGACACAAAAACCAGUGAUGAUGCCACCAACGAUUUGGGAAUUCGUAGGAAGGUUGCCUUCCUGGAUAUGCUACUGCAAGCUACGGUCGAUGGACGUCCCCUAACUGACGUUGAAAUCCGCGAGGAAGUCGAUACGUUCAUGUUCGAAGGGCACGAUACGACUACGUCGGCCAUCAGUUUCUUGAUGUACCGACUAGCUAAGCACCCGGAGAUACAGCGGAAGGUCUACGAUGAAUUGACAGUCGUUAUUGGGGAAGAUGUGAACGAGCCAUUUACGCUUUCCAAGUUAAAUGAACUGCACUACCUGGAGCUGGUGAUCAAGGAAACCCUACGGCUGUAUCCUUCGGUACCGUUCUUCGGCAGGAAGAUAUUGGAGAACAGCGAAAUCGAAGGUAAAGUCAUCCCGGCUGGAACGAACCUGAUCCUGAUGCCCAUGUUCAUGGGCCGUGAUCCGGAGUAUUUCGAUGACCCGCUGGAAUUUCGACCGGAACGUUUCGAGGCGGAAACUUCGUCGGAGAAAGUCAAUCCCUACCGGUACAUUCCGUUCAGUGCUGGGCCGAGAAACUGCAUCGGACAGAAGUUUGCGAUGGCAGAGCUGAAAAGUGUUGCCAGCAAGGUGCUGAGACACUUCGAGCUGUUGCCACCGGUCGAGGGACAAGAGGAAUCGUUCAUUGGGGAAAUGAUUCUGAGGCCCACCUAUGGAAUUAUGCUGAGCCUUAAGAAAAGGAAUAGAGAUUGAGGGAGGAUUAAUUACGCGCAUAUUGUGAUUAUAUUUUGUAUUUUUAUGUAGCUAAAUUAUUGAAAUCUGAAAUUAAAUUGAAAUUACUGAUGUUCUUGUUUGAAAAAUGGUUAGUUUAUUGAUUAUCUUGAUCCU